UAUCGAAGAAUGCUAAAGGAUCAAGGCAACAAAAACAAGGAAAUUCCCACUGGGAAGGAGAAGAAGGAGCCAAAGACGUCAAAAAACAAAUUGCAGGCUCGAUACAAUGUGGAAGUGAAAAAUAAAUUUAGCGCCUUGAACGGCUUAACGGAGGCAAAGGAAAAAAAGUUGUUCAACAACGAAAAAGAGAAGAUUAAAAAAGAGUUAAAGAGGAAGGAAAAGUGUGAGGCGGAGUGUGAUGAAGAGCCUGAAGAGCCUUCAAUCAGAAAAUCGAGAAAAUUAAUAACUGUCACUGCUGAUCCAGAAUUUAAAUGCUGCAAGACACACUUUGUAGGUGUAAUGAUUUCUGCAUUUUUGGCUUGUUCUGGACUUGUACAGUACGCAAACUUGCCACAGACUGGAUUUAACUGCAAUAUUUGUAAGUUUGAAAAUGAACAAGUGUCUAAUCCAAUUAGUACUAAUUAUAAAGGUGCCUAA